GUUCCACUCGGCUCUAUUCAAGAACUACCAGCUGAGUCUUGUGACGAAAUAAAGAGAAGUGAAGGACACGCUGUCAGUGGGAAAUACUGGUUUUCCUCGAUAAAAUCUGGUACAUCCGUUCUGGCUUAUUGCAAUAUGGAUACCACCGGUACGUUAAGCCUUCGACCGAUGAAAAGUAAGCCUGGACUAGGCUCGUCUCCGUUCGCACCCCGAUUUUUAUUAUUAUUUAUAUCAUUAUUUUUAUUUUCUAUUUUCUGUUCUUUUUCCCGCCUUUUUCCCCACUGUGAAGACUGGCCUGAGACAAACAAAAAGUCAGUAUCAUAACAUAAUUUGAGGUUACUUUUCCGACUUCGGGCAUGCACAACUGUAUCCGUUCUAAGAUAAUACCACAGAUUAAUAUUAAUUACUCAUAGCUGGAACUUUCGUAUAAAGCCUCAUAAACUAAGUUUUGUUAAAGCAUGGGCUUAAGUUACACGCGCGGGGAUAGAAAGUCUGAAUUUUGUUCUUAUACCAACCAAAUAAGUAUCUCACUAAUGGUCCUUUUAGAACACCCUAUAUUCUUCCCAUAGCAGUUUAGAGAUAUGUGUUCCUUUUUCAGAUGUUGACGAAUGCAGUGCUUCUUCUCCUGUAUGUGACAGCAAUGCCAACUUCUCCAAUAGUCGUGGAUCGUAUAUCUGUACCUGCAGGGCAGGAUAUACAGGCGAUGGAAAAACAUGCCAAGGUAGGUUUGAAAAUGUCAAGUUAACACAGAGGGUUAGGGACGUUUUUCUUUAUACCAACCAAAAACAAAUUUCACCAAUUGUCCUGUUAAAACACCCUUUGGUCUUCCCAUAUUGCAGUUUAGUGAUAUGUGUUCCUUUUUCAGAUGUUGACGAAUGCAAUGCGUCGUCUCCUGUAUGUGACAGCAAUGCCAACUGCUCCAAUACUCGUGGAUCGUAUAUCUGUAUCUGCAGGGCAGGAUAUACAGGCGAUGGAAAAACAUGCCAAGGUAGGUUUGAAAAU